GUGUGUGCAAAUCUUAGGGGAAGCAAUGCCAAGAGGAGGCAAGACAAACAGACAAAUAAGAGGGAAGUGAAUGCAGGACAGCCAGUCUUCAUCAAGUCUCACCAUGAUCGUUCUCUGUGUGUGUGUGUUUUUGUUGCCGGCGUGUUUUUCUCAUCCUCUGGCUGGCUGGGUGAGUUCUCCUGGUCACCCAGGCGGAUACGAACCCCACAGUGAAAUGAUGUGGGAACGCUGUGCUCCAGCUGGACACAUACUCACUCUCUCCAUCAUCCACCUGGACCUAGAGGAAAGCUACCAAUGUGAAAAUGAUGCAGUCAAGGUCUUUGCUGACAGUCUUCUCCUCAAAACUCUGUGUGGCAGUAUGUCAACUGAGCAGCUACAGUCCCGUGUCAAUCCCUCACUCCACUCUUCCCCUGGAGGCUGUCUCUCUCUCACCUUUGAGGCCGACUUCUCCAACACCGAGAGACACACAGGCUUCAGGGCGUUCUACACAGUACAAGAUGUGGAUGAGUGUUGGCACAGUGAUCUGAAGUGUUCUCAUUUCUGCCAAAACUACAUUGGAGGAUAUAGCUGCAGUUGUAAACCAGGAUACCACCUCAGUGAAGACCGCCACACCUGUAUCGUGAACUGUACAGAGGAGCGCUUUGGGAGUGGUGUGCUGACGCCUCCGGGCAGUCCUGGUCCGUACUAUGAGAACGCUCACUGCUCCUACACGCUGACUGUGGAUGAGGGGGAGCAGCUCAUACUGAGCUUCAUUGGGGAGUUUGAUGUGGAGAGCAGAGAUGGGCGAUGUGUCGACUCAUUAACAAUAAAGACGGACUCUGCCACUUUUGGACCCUUUUGUGGGCAGGAGGCACCUGCUCCAAUUAACACUGCCGCCCGACGAAUUAAGGUUCUCUUCCGUACAGAUCAGGGAGGAACCAACCAGGGCUUCUCACUCAGCUACAACACCAAACUGAUGGAGUGCCCGGGAAUAGUGACAGCCAACUCCAUUCUGUCACCUCAGAAAAGGGUGUAUACAAAAGGUGACACAGUCACUGUGCAGUGUGUGACAGGAUACAGUGUGGACAGUGCUACUAAGAAAACUUUUGAGUCCACAUGUCUAAGGAGCGGGAAGUGGAGUCCUGUCUACAGCUGUGAAUUGGUGGACUGCGGGAUUCCUGAGAUUAAAGAACCAGAUCUGAUAGCCCUAACAGAGGAGGAUCCACUUACAACAUACAAGCAAAAUAUCAGCUUCAGGUGUCUAUCAGAGCACUACAAGCUGCAUGGACACGAUAGUUUCACCUGCAAUGCUAGUGGACAGUGGGAAACAAUUGAGCACCUUCUUUCACCUCAGGUGGAUUUGCCCAGAUGUAUUCCAGUAUGUGGCAUGAAUAAACAGACCUUUUCUGCUGGAAGGGUUUUUGGAGGAGAGGAUGCCAAACUGGGACAGAUACCCUGGCAGCUUCUGACAAAACAACCGAAUCGAGGAGGUGCCUCUUUAAUUAGUGAUCGCUGGGCAAUUACAGCUGCUCAUGUUGUGGUUGGACAGGAAACAAAAACACUGAUGUUCUAUGGAGGAAUGAUUGAUAGCCUAGACCAAAAUGCAGUUAAAAUGGAAACUGAGAAGAUCAUAAUUCAUCCAGGCUAUAAAGUGGAGAACCCAUAUCAAACUAAUUAUGAUAAUGACAUUGCCCUGGUGAAGAUGUCUGCCAGAGUGCCACUCAGCACUAAUAUCAUGCCAGUGUGUCUACCAGAGAAGUCAAACGGGCCAGUGAUGGAGGGGAAGCUGGGAACAGUCUCUGGAUUUGGAGGAACAUCAGAAAAUCCUCUAAGGAGUAGAUAUUUGCAGUAUGGUCAUGUGAAGGAAUAUUCAGAAGUUCCUUGUUUUGACACCACUCUGAAGGUCACUGAUAAUAUGUUCUGUGCUGGAGGUGAUGAAGGUGUGGAUACCUGUAAAGGCGAUGCUGGUGGUCCACUGGUCAUUCCACUGUUGGGAAGAGGGUCUCCAGAAACACCCUACAGACUCAAGGGUAUCGUGUCAUGGGGUCCUGCUAAAUGUGGAGAUACAAAUUUUAAGGGCUAUUACACCAAAGUGGAGAACUACCUGGACUGGAUUAGAGAAACCAUGGAAACUAACUAAAACCAGCUUCAUCAGUGUCUCUCCUCCAUAAGUAACCAAAGGUUAAAUCUGAGAUUUUACAACAGAUGAUCUGGGAUCCCAUCACAAACGCAUUUAAAUGAUUCAUAUCGAUGUUUUCUCAAAAUCUGGAAAUGUAGAAUAGUAUUUUAAAAUAUAUUAAAUGCUUUUUCAGCAUUCCAUUUGAGUUAAUGUAAAAAAUAGCACUCACUCAUUACAAAACUCUUGGGAUUGGGUUAAAUAAAAACUUUAUUAUACAGAAA